AUGUAAAAUCUUAUUUCACUGACUCUAUCAUUGCUGUUGCUUUCAGUUAAGAGCAAUAAAUAUGCAGAAAUUCUUAAGAAAGAUCUCAAUUCAAAUGAAAUACAUCAAGAUAUUGAGGACCUUCAAGCUAAUUUCAGAUAAUAGCAUCCCUAGGAUCCUAAAUGCUUUGAAAAUCACCACAAAAUUCAAUAUCUGCCAUAUUGGGACAAAGAAGUUAUUGAGUUUCCCUGUAUGUAUGCAGGUACUUUGAAUGUCUCCCUACAAGACACUCAUGAUCACAACUUAUUUUACUGGCAUUUCAAAAAUACAAGUUUAACUGAUCCUCCACUUGUUUUCUGGAUGAAUGGAGGCCCUGGAUCAUCAAGCAUGUUUGGUCUCUUCUUAGAGCAUGGACCUUUGAAGGUUACCAGAACAGGUGAAGGAAUGGAUGAUUUUUCCCUUGGACUUAAUGAAAAAGGUUCUUGGCUAGAUAUAGCAGAUUUGGUAUACAUAGACUAGCCAGUUGGCACAGGAUUUUCUUUUGGUAAUUUCUAUAUCGACAGGAUGGAGACUGGAGCUGAGCAUUUCGUUAAAUUUGUAACUAAAUUUCUCAAAGCUUACCCUGAGUAUAAAAACAGAGAAAUUUAUCUAUCAGGUGAAUCAUAUGCUGGAAAGUAUUUACCUCACUUUACUUACAAAAUUGCUCUUCAUAAUGAACUUGAAAGACUCACAAAGAAGAAUAAUGCUUCAAUCAUAAAUCUAUAAGCAACCUUUAUUGGAGAUCCUUUUGUUUCACCAAUUAGAUAGAGGACCAGCACCCAUUUAGUUGCUCAAGGUCUGCAUGUGAUUGAUCGUUCAAACAUGGGCUAAGUCGCUGCAUUAAGGAAGAAGUGUGAAGAAUCUAUUUCUGAAGAAUGGGAUCUUGGGUCGAAGGUUUGUGGUCAAACUAUGGAUUAUAUCGAUACCUAAGCUGCUGGUCUCUACACUUAUGACGGCUCAGCUUUUGAUACAGAUUGGCAACCAUUAAUUGAUGUCAUCCAAGACUUUUUAAUGAAAUCAAAUAAAAAGAAUCUCCUAUACUAAGCACUUCAUGUUACAAAAAGUUAUAAAACACCAAUUUAUGAGAGAUCCUCUAGAAGAGUCUCUCAAUCUUAUGAUUUUGAGGAGAUGCUUGAUUGGAGUGUUUACUAUGACAAGUGCAUUGAGAAGAAAAUGAAACUUAUUAUUUAUGCGGGAGAAUAUGACUAAAGAGAUGGUCCCCUCACAAUGAUUGCCUGGAUGAAAGACUUGAGAAAUCUAUAAAAUUCUUCAGGUAACUUCUUUAAUUAGAGCAGAAAGAUUUACUAUUACAAAGACACAAAUGGUUCAUUUUAGGUUGGAGGAUAUUAUAGAUAUGAUAAAGAUGCUGAAUUUACAUUCCUUACAGUUCCUAAAUCUGGCCAUUUUGUUCCAACUACACAACUUGAUAUGACAAAGCAAAUGCUAAAAGACUUCUUUGAAAAUAAAAGACUUGUAUGUCACAAAAGCAGUUAGAGUGAAUGCGAAACUUCCCAUGUGAUGUGCAGAGCAAUGAACAACUGUAAUAGCAAUGGAAAGUGUCUCGAUACUGGUAAAUGUUAAUGUGAACAUGGAUUCUUCGGUGAUGAUUGUACUCAGAAAAUUCAAUCAUUAAGUAUUAGUCAAGAGUUUUAAGAAAGCUAUUAAAUGAAUGGUACCCAUUGGUAUUAUUUUAGACUGGAAAAUAAAGAUAAUCAGAUUCUAAAUGAUGAUGAAUAUUUCGAAUUGAGAUUGUCAUCUCAAAGAUUAAUGGAUAUUUAUAUAAAGAAGGAUGAUAAAUCUGAACCCACUUAGUUUUAGAAUGACAUGAAAUUCUUGAAAUAAUAGAGAUUAGUGAUAUCAACUUAAAGUUUCCCAAUGCUAAGAAGUUCUUUUAUAGCAACUGUGCGAGUUGAUGGCAUUGAUCUUUUUGAAAACAAGUAUCACUAACAUACUUUGAAGGCAAGUUUUAGAAAAUUCAAGAAACCUCAAAUAGACUAAAUUUUGAUCUAGUGA